AUGAUGCAUGAUCGAUCUCAAGGUGAAGCAUUCACUAGGAAUGUAGUACUUUCAAGAGAGGAAAGCAUGCAGUUCUCUAACCGGUUACGAAUGGUAAAAUCUUCCGUACAAGGAGCAAAGUCUGUUUCAGUCUAUCAGGACCCUGGUUAUUGCCCAAGGUCGCGCGGAUUGUCAACCGAUGAAAAUCUACCACUUUUGUCGAGUUUGUUCAUUGAUUAUCAUCUAAUAAUUAGUUCUUAA